CAACUACUGACUAUGCACAACCGGAGUACUCGGGGUGUACAACAAGUAAAUCAUGGAAGCCGCCAACCCAAACGACAAGACCCCCGGAAGUGGUCCCCCACCGCCGGUGCAUCCGUACGCCCAGGCAAACGUCUUGAGCAAAUAUUUCUUCUGGUGGUUGGUGCCUCUGCUGCGGACGGGCCUUGCGCGACAGAUCGUCGCGGAGGACAUCUACCGGGUGCUGGGGCACCACGGGAGCGACCGGAUCGGGACCCGGUUUGGUCAACGGUGGCAGGAGGAGCGGCGGGCGGAGAAAAAGAAGCUGCAGCAUGGUGACGAGCCCUCGUGGAAGCGGCCCUGGAUGCUGCUCCGGGUGGUGUGGAAGAUUUAUGGGCUCGGGGUGGUGCUGUUUGGUGGAGUUUACAGCUUUUUGGAGUCCGGAUGCAGAAUUGUCCAGCCGUUUCUGUUGGGCGAACUCAUCCGGUAUUUCGACCAAGCGACGCCACCCCCAGAUGGCACCGUCACGGACGAUUCACCGAUAACACUAGGCCGUGCGUACCUGUACGCCGGUGGCAUCGUGGCCUCCGUCAUGGUCCCGGUGGCCAUAUUCCACAUGUACCAGCUGUACCUGCUCCAGGUCGGGAUGAAAAUACGUAUCGGAUGCUGCGCGCUUAUUUAUCAAAAGGUCCUUCAAAUGCCGGCAGCAAUGUCCGCAUCGGACGGAUUAAGUGGUCGCGUCAUCAACCUGAUGUCCAACGACGUCAGUCGGUUCGAUUACGCAGUCAUCUUCUUCCACGACCUCUGGAAGGGUCCCGUUGAGUUGGUGAUCGUGUCCGUCCUGGUGUUCCGCCUAAUGGGUCCAACGGGUCUCAUCGGGAUAGCUCUACUUCUACUCUUUAUCCCGGCGGAGGGUUGGUUGGGAAAGCGUGCGGCAGGUUUCCGGAUGAGAGCCGCACGGGCUACCGAUGAGCGAGUCAAGUUCACCAACGAGGUCAUUCAGGGCAUUCAGGUGAUCAAGAUGUACGUCUGGGAGAUCCCGUUUGAGGCGAUCGUCCGCAAGUUACGACACAACGAGAUUCGCGCGCUGAGAGGCAGCGCAUUCAUCAAGUCCGGACUGUUUGCACUGCGGAUCAUUCCGAAGGUAUCGAUCUUCUUGAGUCUGGUGACGUACGUGUACGCUGGCAACGUACUGACCGCAAUGCGAGUCUACAUGUUGAUAUCGUUCUUCAGCGUGAUCCACCACUCGAUGGUCGAGUUCUGGCCGCUGGCGGUCACGUCGUGUGCCGAAGCGUGGGUCUCACUCAAGCGAAUUCAAGAAUUUUUGCUGGAACAAGAUAACAGCCAGAAUAACGAGCAAAAGGACCAAAUAACUUUGAGUAAGAUCGCGAUCGAGGAUGUAUCAGCUGGAUGGCAAGAGUCGAGUUUCGCACUGCGAUCGCUAAACUGGCAAGUGUCCGAAGGUCAAACCUGGGCCGUGGUCGGACAAAUCGGUGCCGGAAAGUCCACCUUGCUGAAUCUGAUCAUGAAAGAGCUAACGCCAAGCGAAGGCAAGGUAACCGUCACCGGAAAGAUCAGCUACUGCUCGCAGAAGCCGUGGGUGUUCGAGGGGACGGUCCGCGACAACAUCGUGUUCGUGGAACCGUUCGACGAGGAGCGGUACAACGAAGUGGCGCGGGUUUGCGCGCUGGAAAGAGAUUUCAAGCUGUGGCCGAGUGGUGAUCUGACGGCGGUCGGAGAACGCGGAGUUACGCUGAGUGGAGGGCAGAAAGCGAGGGUGAAUCUUGCGCGGGCGAUCUAUCGACGGGCCGAUAUCUACCUGCUGGAUGACCCGCUGUCGGCCGUUGACGCGCACGUUGGGAAGGUCAUCUACGAGGAGUGUGUGAUGAAGUUUUUAGAGGAUAAAAUUUGCGUGCUGGUGACCCACCAGCUGCAGUAUCUCAACGGGUUGGAUAACGUUCUGAUCAUGGAUAGAGGGGAGAUUAGUGCGAGGGGAUCGUACGAAGAAGUCCGGAGCUACUUCAGUGCACUUGGUUACGGCGAUGAAGCCAAGGAAGGGAGUACGGAAAAGGUUGAUCAAGUCGUGGAAGAUGAGAGCGGGCCACAACUCCAACAGACAGCGAACAUCGACGAAGGUCAGAUGAGCGGCAAUGUAGGAUUUCAGGUGUACAAAGACUUCUUGAAAUCGGUCAAGAGUUGGUUGUUUGUAGCGUUUGUAGGACUGCUGUUGAUCGCUUGGCAGAGUGCAUCCACCGGAACGGAUUACUUCGUGUUCAUAUGGGUCAAUUGGGAAGAAAAUUACGCCCAAAGUCCGGACGCUAGCUGGACAACCGAGACGCACAUAAUCGUGUACUCGGCGCUGGUCCUAAUCACCAUCCUGCUCUCCGUCAACUCCUUUGCGUUCUUCGAAAUGUGUCUCCGGGCGUCGUCCAACCUUCACGCGGCACUCUACCACGGAAUCACCCGUGCCACCAUGUACUUCUUCAAUACCAACUCCUCCGGUCGAAUCAUGAACCGGUUCUCCAAAGAUGUCGGACUCAUCGACUCCAGCUUGCCCACCGUGCUCAUCGACAGCUUGUACUUCUUCCUGGAGCUGGCCGGCAUUAUCGUGAUUGUCUCCCUGGCAAAUUACUGGUUGCUGGUACCGACCGCCGUAAUGGGUGUGGUGUUCUACGUGCUGCGCUUUCUGUUUCUGGAAACGGCACGCAACGUCAAACGGGUCGAGGCAAUCAGUAGGUGUCCGCCGUCUGCUGCAGGUCGAUAUAAUGGCUCGAAAAUUGAAAACCUUUAUUGCCUUUCAGCACGCAGCCCCGUGUUUACGCAUACGAACGCCACCAUCGAGGGGCUGGGCACGAUCCGGGCGUUCGGAGCGGGUCGCCAGUUGGCGCAGACUUUUCACUCGCGGCAAGAUUCCAACACUUCGGCGUCGUUCCUGUUUGGAGCGAUUACGCGUGGGUUUGCCUUUUGGCUGGAUUUGAUCUGCUCGCUGUACAUCGCUUCGGUUGUGUUUAGCUUUUUGGUUCUUGGAACGGAGAUCGUCAGCGGCAACGUUGGCUUGGCCAUCACCCAGGUUCUGAACCUCAUCGGCAUGUGCAACUGGGGGUUGCGGCAGACGGCCGAGCUGGAAAAUCAAAUGACUUCCGUCGAGCGAGUCCUGGAGUACUCCACUCUGGAGCCCGAACCGGAAGUUACGGAACCUGCCGCGGAAAAUAUCCCCGAAAGCUGGCCCCAGCAGGGUGGUAUCGCAUUCCGGAACGUGUCACUGAGGUACUCCCCCAGGGCGGAACCAGUGUUGAAGGAUCUAAGCUUUGAAAUUAAACCCAAGGAACGAAUCGGAAUCGUGGGCCGUACCGGCGCUGGCAAGUCAUCGAUAAUUCAGGCCCUGUUUCGUUUGGCACCAGCCACGGCGGCCAUCGAAAUCGACCAGAUCCGUAUCGGGAGCGUUCCGUUGCGUCGCCAUCGGGGUGCCAUCUCGAUUAUUCCCCAGGAGCCGGUGAUCUUCUCCGGCAGCUUGCGUCACAACCUGGACCCGUUCGGGACGCUGGAGGACGGCCAGAUUUGGCGUGCCUUGGAGCAGGUUGAACUGCGGCAGGCGGUUCAGGCGACCGGCGGUGGACUCGACACCAAGAUGACCGAGGGGGGAACAAACUUCAGUGCCGGUCAGCGCCAGCUGCUGUGUCUCGCGAGGGCCAUCCUGCGGAACAGUCGGAUCCUGGUGAUGGACGAAGCGACGGCCAGCGUAGACCCGGAAACGGACCGGCUAAUCCAGCGCACCAUCCGGGAGCAGUUCCCCAACUGUACGAUCGUGACGAUCGCCCACCGGCUGCACACCGUCAUGGACAGCGACCGGAUCCUGGUGAUGGACGCCGGCCGGUUGGUGGAGUUUGACAGUCCGGCCAACCUGCUGCAGCGCCACCCCGACCGACCGGAUGGCUACUUCCGGCGGUUAUUCGACGAGAGCGGCAUGGACGGACGGGCGUUUGAGUAACG